GUUGGGGGUUUCGGGGAAACUUCCACCUCGUCUCAAGAGCACCCGCGUGGGCAGCAUUGGGCCCGACGUGCUGGUCUCUCUGCUAGCAUGGCGACGUCAGAUCGGACGUCCUUUACCAACCUCGCCGAGGUCGGGGACAAAAUCAACGAGCGCUCGAUGACGCCAGCGAAAAGCACUGACCGCCACAUGCUCAAGAAGAAGGGACCCUCCAAUACCCGCCGGCUAUUGCCACUGGACCUCUCGGCGUUUGAUGUGCCCAAUUCCAAGUCCAAACGCAUUUUUCAGCGCAAAGACCUGGUCGAGGCCGUUCGACGGGUCAACUCGCCGAUCGUGCUGCCGUCUCGCUUCGAAUCGACGUCGUCGCUCGGGAGCUCGUCGUCGCUCGGCAGCGUCCAUGGCGACGGUCCCGAGUCGUCGUCCGACUCGAACAAGGACGUGGCGACACUGGAAGACGGCGUCAACCUCAAUGCGCGCAAGUACAAUGAGCGCAAGCGCGUCGCCGACGCCAAGGAAAAAGAGCUCUCGACGCUCGUGGACCAGUACCGAGCGAUGCAGAUCGAGACGGACGAGCUCGACCGGAUCCAGAACCAAGAAUCGCACGGCGCCAAGGAGAUCCAGCGGCUCAACACCGAGAUCGAAGAGUGCAUGCUCUCGAUGGAGGAAAAGAUGCACACGCGGCGACAGCUGGAACAUAUGAUUCGGCGUCUCCAGACGAACCAAAUCAAGUUUGACUCGCACAUCCAGGCCAUGUCGGUGGCUGUCGAGGCGAGUGCGCGCGAAGCCGAAGAAGUCCGCAUUCUGAGCCGGCAGCUCGAAGCCGGCAAGUCGCGCACGAUCCAGCUGCUCCAAGAUCUGCAGCAGCAAGUGGUGAUCGAGCGCAAGCAGCGCACACGAGAGCUCUCGGAGCACUCGAUCAAGGCCAAGAACGCCGAACGUAUGGAGCAGUGGCGGCUCAAGCGCAUGAAGCAGCGCUCCGAGCUCGCGGCCGAGCUCCGCGGCGACCUCUCGUACGACGAAGAGCGGCGGCUACUGCGCGACAUUGAGAACCGGCGAAAGGCCAACGCCGACUUGGGCGCCGCAAACAUGGAGAUUUCGCAGCGCGCGACGGACCACGACCAAGUCGUUGACCAAAUGAAGCAAGUCACAGGCGCAAGCAGCCUCCAGGAUGUCGUCGACAAGUUUGCGGCCCAGAGCUUGAGCAACCAGUCGCUCGAGAAGGAAAAAGUGCGCGCCGAAGCGCGACUCUCGAACGCGAAAUUCGCCAAGGAGAAUGCACUCAAGGCGCUCAACGACUUGAAGGCGUCCGGUAUUGGCGGCAUUGAGCUCAAUCGGGAUGUGUACACCGCGCUGGAGAAUGACAUUUUACAAGCAAAAGGCCUUCUCAAGACCAACAAGGCUGCGUACGACUGCUUGGACGGUGUCCUUGCGGCCGUCCGCCAGGGGGCCAGCAGCCUCGUGCAACGCCUCGCACCGUUCGACGAGCUCCUCGAGAUCAACGACGACGCACUCGUGACGCUCAACGGCAAGGACACGGGCCACGACUUGCUCUCGAUCGCCGAAAUCAAAUUUGCCAAAGUCGUCGAGCUCGUCGGCCAGCAAAACGGCGCCGGCGGCGGCUUCACCGGGUACGGCGGCGACGGCGACGACGGCUUUGACGACCAUGGCGGCCGCCACGACCACGGUGACGAGGCCAAGCACCUUAUCUGGUCGCCCCACGGCAACUCGGACCCGGUCGUCCAUCGCAACAACAUUCGGGUCAAGGCCAAGACGGGCGGACACCCAGACAGCGCACGCUCGGAUGCAUCGAGCUCGUCGGGCGUCGGCGACGACGAGCCGGUGGUCGCCAACGGCCCGAUCCUCGACGUGCUCGUGCCGUCGCGCGACAUUCUCAAGAUGAGCAGCAACCGUCAUUUCUCCGAAGUGAUGCGAAAAAAAGAGCUCGCGGAGAAGCGCAAGAACGCGACCGAGCGCGGCAUCUCGGACGAAGAACUCACGUCCAAACUCAAGAAAAAGAAUCAGAACGAAGCGGACAAGCGCCUCUCGACAAAUCCUCUCCUGCGCAUGGGGCUGCCCCCCGGCGUCUCGCAAAAGGACGACGCGUUGACCAAGUCGAACGCGUUCAUUACGCAAAUGCCGCAGCUUUUAUAGACACUAGUACUAUAGUUUACACCACAAACACACGACGUAGUAUGAUUCAAAA